AUUUCAAGAAAUCAUUAGCACUGGAAAGAGCUACUUACAUGUCCAAGCCUUAGGGUCUCUGCUUCUUUAAAAUUAUACCAAUGAGGAAUUCCUGAAAGAUGAUCCAAAUAGGACAUUUACAACUAAAUAAGAGCCAUGUGAUUCAAGAACCACAGUUCUGAAAUAAAGGACAGGACAAUCGUCUCCAAAUUCUCAAUGCAAGGUCCAGUGGUCAAAUAAACCAUAAGUAUGAAAAGGGACUUAGCAACUGGUCAUGAUAGAUUUUAAGCAACUAGUCAUACAUAUUGGAAAAUGUUAAUGGAUGAAUUGGGUAUUUGUUAUCAUAAACUCAUAAUCAGGAAGAAAAAAAAAAUCCAAUAAAAGGACCAAACAUAGAAUCAAAAUCCGUACGGCCCUAGUAAGACCUCAACUCCAUGCCCAUUUAACACUCAAACUAAAGAUUCUAAUCACAUACUACUUCACUAACAGGGUACAUUCACAAAACAUAUAAAUGCUGAGUCUGAAGUAUCAUCCAUGACUGAGAUAAUCAAAUCCACAAUGAAUUCAUUUAAGUCCAAUCAUCUAUGAUGAUACUGAUGACAACAGACCUAGGUACCAUGUAUGAUUGAGGUAAGAAUUCAAAUUCACAGGUUAAUCUGUCGCUCAAGGCUACUCCACAUUGUCAAGGCUGCUUAACAAAAUUCACAACAACCAGAAAAAGAAGGAAGGUUACCAUUUGUGUCUUCCAGCUUCCAUAUAAAUGAUAACUGGCAUAAAGCACCUGCAAUGCAAAUUAGAAUUGAAGUUUCAGUGGUUAAGCAUCAAAUUAGUCAAUCACUGCCGCCACAUUACACAUGCCACCAAUAAGCAAAAUCAUCACACAGAACGAAAAGGACGAAAAGCAUGACUCAUUCAAACAUUCCACGAAAAAAGGCCAGUCAGACACUUAUCACAAAGCGUGAAUCAAAAUGGUUCAUUCUUUCUUCUUUUAAAGAUUCAACCAACUUCAACAUUCAAACGCAAGUCAAAUGGAGUUCUACGGUCUGAAAUUCAUCUCACAUUACAUUUAACAGAUUGAACGCUGAACUGAAUCUAGGGCUAAAUGCCAAUAGGUAACCAAACAAACAGAAGUGAACGAAAUUUAGAUCCCCUAUCAGAAGGCAUCUCAAGCAAGCAAUGGCAGUAGACAUGCAAGCAACGGAAACAGACCAAAAUGCAGCGAGAAAAAGCCUAAUAAAUACAGCAACUACAACUACUUGCCGUGUUAACAUCCGAUCUACUGGAAAACACAUUAAAUCGUGAAAUGUCGCUGCAAUAUAUUCAAAUUGCGUGCGAAACAAACAAACAAACAAAAAACUAAGGAAGUCGAUACACAAUACGAAACGGAAGCAAGGGGCAAAAUUAACCAUUGGUGCGGCAAUGGAGGAUGCAGAUGAUUACCGAUUAUCAUCCCGACGGUGACGAAAGUGAGGAGGCCGAAUAUGAUCUUCAUCGGAGCCGCCAUCGCCUCGGGAUUGAGAAGAGGAGGCAAAGCGACAGAGGGAUGGAGAGGGCGGAGAAAGGAAAUGAAGGAGACGACGAGGGAGUCAGUGGUUUUGAAGACUCGAGGGAGGAAGAGUUCUUUGACUUGAGGGAACCUAGUCUCUGAGCGACGUCUCCGCCCACUGUUCGUUUGCUCAGUUUUCGGGUUUCCCCCGCUUCUUACGCUCCUGUCCUUUUUCAGCUCGGCAGGACAAAGAAAAACGUUUUGCUUUGUUCGUUCCUACGGUUCUUUCCUUCUUUAGUUUUUGUCCGUCUUUGGUGCGAAUUUUCCGUUUCCUUUUUUUUCAGUAGGGCUAAAAUAAUGUUUUUAAAUUUUAAACAAAUUAUUUUGAUUUCUUCUUUACAUAAAUAGAUAUAAUGGCUAAAUUAUAUGUUUGGUCACUCAAAUUACAUAAUUGAAAAAGGAAAAAAUCAGCAUAAGUACAAUGUUUCUCCGCUGAAAACCGAAAUCCCACACCAACAAAUCGUGCCUCUCAUAAUCAAUUACAAACAUUGUAUGUUGAACAAAUCUCGCAUGCUAGCUCACCGGUUUUAUGUAGCGUGCAAUUUGAGUCCAAACAACAAAUAAUGAAUCCGAACUACGUAAUGGAUCUCCUCGUCGUCCCAAUCGUCAAUACAAGAAAUAGCAAGUCCCGAUGAAGCUCUACUGUAGGUUCUGACGUUAAAACGACUUGACCUCGUAUCCUCGCCUAUCGUUUGUUUACCUUCGACCGAAAAGCACGAAAAACAUCCAACCAAAAAGAGAAAGCAACGGCCAACAUUCAGAGAAACACGAUCCUUUUCCAUUACCGACAUGAAAUUAAGGGUUGGGCCUUGGAGAAGGGGAGACCAUGGGCUUAAACUCUUAAGACAGGCCUGUAUCGGGCUAAUGUAAGUGUGGCCUCGUGCCGGGGAGAAGCCCAGCUGCCCAUGGAUUGCAAAAAUAUUUGCAAUGAAGUCCUUGAAAAACAACCCAAUUGCAACAUCAUCGUUAUCAUUAGCCAUCACCAUACAACUCUACUGAAACCUGCUAUCUUCCCUCUCCUGUCUCGAAGAUACCCUUGCAAUGGCGCGUAUAUGGAAUAACCAGCAAGCAGUUAACAUUACCCUCUUUAUCAUACAAGCUAAAACUCAUCAACAUCAAAGAAAUGGGGCCAUAUCUCUAACAAUCUCACUUACCCUUCAGCUCUGAAUGUUGCAGUCUGUAGAACACUUGUAUGAACCCCCUUUUGGACCUGUCAAUUCACAGAUUUCACGUCAACGCAGAAGCAAAGAAUCACCAGGAACAAACAAAACAGUUUGUC